AUGGGAUGGUGGUCAUUGGGGUCGUCUGGAUCCAAGGCUGAUCCAGAGAAAAGCAAAGCCAAUGACUCGAAAUCAUCUAACAGGCGUCAGCAGGAAGAAGGAGAACAAUCCUUCAUCCCCCCACCGUUGACGUCGCGCACAUCCUCGUCUUCCUCCUCGAAGUCGACCACAGAUUGGAACUCAAGUCUCAACGCCUUUGAUUGGAGUCAAUUCAAAGAACCUCGAAACCUAAUCCCAACAGCGCUCUUGACCGGCGGUAUAUUGUUUGUUGUUUAUGUUCAGCGUCGGUACCUGCGCCGGUUUCCCGAAGCUACGGAUAUCUCAUCUUCAUACUUCCGCUCAAGAUCUCUUUUGGGACGCGUCACAAGUGUUGGGGAUGGCGAUAACUUCAGAAUAUUUCAUACGCCUGGUGGUCGAUUGGUUGGAUGGGGUUGGUUGCCAUGGAUGAAAGUGCCAACGGCUAGAAAGGAGUUGAAAGAUAAAACUGUUCACAUCCGUCUUGCAGGCGUCGAUGCGCCGGAGCUGGCUCAUUUCGGCCGUCCGGCUCAACCAUAUGCCUACGAAGCGCACAUGUGGCUCACAUCCUACCUCAUGAAUCGACGGGUACGCGCCUACGUGCACCGACCAGAUCAAUACAAACGUGUAAUCGCAACAGUCUACGUACGACGCUGGCUAGAUUUCCCUCCCCUUCGACGACGGGACGUUUCAUACGAAAUGCUGCGACGUGGAUUGGCAACGGUAUACGAAGCUAAAUCCGGAGUGGAGUUUGGCGGCACCGAGAACGAGCGUAAAUAUCGUGAAGCAGAGAUGUUGGCUAAGAAUCGAAGGCAAGGGUUAUGGAAGGACUUUGGCAAAAGGGGUGGGGUGAAUUUUGAGAGUCCAAGAGAGUAUAAGACUAGAAUGCAGUCUCUGGACAUGUCGGCGGAGUCGUCGUCGUCGUCAUCAUCAUCUUCUAAUACAGAGAAGAAUCCGGGUUUGGUUGGUUCAUUGUUGAGGAAGGUUUGGCCUUUUGGCUCCAAGAAGGAUGGUACAUAA